ACUAACGGAUUCAUCGUAAAAGUGCAUACGAACCAUAAAAGUAUAAGCAGUGUAGGGCAGCGACUAAUUAGUGUCUUGAAACAUUAGUGAAUCAAAACUUAUCUUGAGAACAUGGAAAACUUCUUUAGAAGCAUUCCAGGUAUAGGGCAAUAUUUUGGUGGCGAGUAUGAGCAUAAGUUGCUCUUCGUGCCCGAUGCUGAUCACGAACCUGACGUGGAUCACGAAGUAUCGGAACCUGCGCUCUUUCGAUUUUUACUCAACGAGGAAACUACGGAAGAUAUCAAAAGAGCAGAACAAGCUGAAAUACCUGACAUGCUGAAGGUUUUAAAAGACAUCAAAAAAGAGUCGAAAAUCACGGAAUUUGAAACCCACCAGUGCAGCAUUGGCAGCAGGGGAAAUGCUAUUAAAGUGUUUCACGUUUUCAUCGUCUUCAAAACGACAUGUGAAACAGAUGGAGACUAUUGGUGGUCACUAGAAAAGAACCGUGAUUACAUCGCUUUGCAACGAUCACGCAACAAAAAUAACGUCAAGGACAAGUGUUAUGAUCAAGUGCGAAGUAAAGUGAAACCCAUUGUCGAAAAUUUGGAAGGAAAAGGUACGAUUCAAUAUCUUUUAGCAUUACUUUGGGCCCAUCAGGUCAUUCCAGAAAAGUACAACAUCUUGAACUCAAACUGCCAGUCUUUUGUCACUUUCAUCAGUCAACAAAUUACUCAAGAAGAAUACGAAUACAAGGGUUAUUUCAAAUGCUCCCCUCCUCCUGAAAAUGGCCGCAACAAAAAAAUGUUGGAUUUAAUUGUUAUCCUUAGGGGUCGUUCAGAUUGGUCCCCUUUAUUUACUGUAAUUCAAAUGGAAAAUAUCGAUCUUCUUGAUAAAAUGAUCGACAGUGGUAAGUACGACAUCAACGCCUUCUACAAUGAAUAUACUCCGCUCCACUAUGUGAUUAUGUAUUCGAAAUCCAAAAUGGUCAAACAUCUUCUGAAACAUCCACUGAAUGCCAACCCAACGACGCGUGACGCAUACGGGAAAAGCGCCCUUCAAUUGGCGGUCACGACCACAAUGAAAGCAGAGAUCAUCAAUUUGCUCCUAGCUCAUCCCAAAGUCAAGAUUGACGAUGUAGACAGAGAUGGACACACUGCUCUCCAUUUGGCCGCUUCUGUCUCCAACGUCAUCGCUGUUCAAAAAUUAUUAGAAAAUGGAGCCAAUCCUACCAUUUACGACAAAGAAGGUCUGUCUCCUCUUCAUGUGGCAGUAGGAGAAAGAGACGGUAACGAGAUCAUUGAUUUGCUCCUAGCACAUGACAAAGUUAAUGUUGACGAUGUAAACGAAUUCGGAGAAACUGCGCUUCAUGCUGCCGCUUACGCAUCCAACGUUAUUGCUGUCAAACGCUUGAUAGAAAAAGGAGCCAAUCCCAACCUUUUCGACAAAGACGAUCUGUCCCCUCUUCACGUGGCAGCCCUGCAAAAUAACGGUAACCCUAUGAUUGAUCUACUCUUAGAAGCUCAAAAAGUCAACGGGAUGGGCGAUGUAAACUAUAGAAAUGGAUGCGGAUGGACUGCACUUCAUUAUGCCGCCGAAUCAUCCAAUGAAAUCACUGCCGAGCAUUUGAUCGUAAAGGGAGCAGAUGUCAAUUGUAGAGACAAUAAUGGCAUUACUCCACUUUACCUGGCUGCACUCAGCGCAAAGGACAUGAAAAUCGUCGACUUGUUACUAAUGAAUAUGAAAGAAGGAGACCUGAGCCGGUAUAAAAACGAUAAAAUACUUUUCAAUUUGGUCAAGGAAAACAUGCACGGACUAGCAGUGGAAAUUGGUGAUCGGUUUUCGAAAAAGGGCAUCAAACCUGCGAGUACCGAUACUGACGAGUGGACUGAAGAAUCAGACGAGGCAACAGGCGUUACAGAUCCUUCAAUUAACUUGACUAUAUUUGAUGGCCUUCGAAUAGCGACAGCCAAGAAUUCACAGGAAAUGGAUGAAAUUCUGAAAGAAGGAAAUUUCGAUUUCAACCGCUGCAUCAAUCAAGAUGGGGAAACUCCACUUUUUUUCGCAAUACGCGCCAACAACGUGAAUUGGGUUAGACUUUUGCUGGAAAAGGGAGCCGAUCCCACCAUACGCAACAACAUAGGCCUCACUCCAUUUCACGUGGCGGUGGAUAACGCUAAAGAUUUCGAAAUUCUCAAUUUACUUCUGGCAAACGAAAAAGUUGACAUAAAUGAAACUAGAGAUCAACAGGGAUCGACUGCCCUCCAUUAUGCAAUUACAGCAUCCAACGUGAAUGUCGCUCGCUUCCUGUUAUCAAAAGGAGCCAACCCCAACAUCGAUUAUGAGAAUGGAUCCACUAUACUCCACGAAGCGGUAUUUCUUGCUAAAGACAUGGACGUUGUCGAGUUGCUCUUGAAUCAUGAAGACGUGGAUGUCCACUGCUUGGACAAUAAGGGGCGAAAUGCACUACAUUACGCAAGGAAAAACAAGAGAGGGCUCGUCGAAAGAAUUGUCAAACGAUUGAAAGAGAAAGGCGCUCUGGAAAGAGGAAGCAAAUUGCUCAAAAGAAACAAUGAAUAUUUCAAAAAACAUAUGCGUGUUUUCAGCAAUCGAAGGCCCCGAAAAGUUGAAAACUUUUUAAGCGACGGUACAAUACCAAUUGAGGACAAAAUCGAUAAAAUAUCGGAGGAAUAUCUGCUUUCAGCUAUCAAAGACUCAGACGUAGAAAGUGUUCGUCUCCUAUUGAAAAAUGGAGCAGAUAUCAGAGCAUGGGAAGAAACGGGAGCGAAUGCACUUAAUUUUGCAUCAUUUUUGGCAAAGACGACGGAUGUCAUCGACGCCAUUCUGGAAACGGGAAAAUUCGACAUCAACGGAGGUGACAGAGAAGGAGUGACACCUCUCCAUUUUGCAAUCAUGGGAACAAACUUGGAAACGAUUGCUCGUCACCUGAUUCAAAAAGGAGCCGACCCAAACAUUGCCAACAAGAGAGGCAACACCGCACUUCACUUUGCGGCCCUUUAUGCAAAAACAAUCGAAACAAUCACUUUAAUCCUGGAAAAUAAACAAGUCGAUAUCAAUCACCGUGACGAACUUGGAAGAACUGCUCUACAUUACGCAAUAGAGAAAAAAAACGUGGAGAUGGCUCGCUAUUUACUGGAAAAAGGAGCCGAUCCCACCAUACGCAACAAUGAGGGCAACAAUUCAUUUCAUUUAGCAGCACAAUACCUGGCAGACACCGAUGUUCUCAAUCUCAUGCUGCAAAACGAAAAAAAGAUCGAGAUUGACGGAAGGAACAAAACAGGAAGGACUGCCCUUUAUUUCGCAAUGACGGCAUCCAACGUGACUGUCGCUCGCUUCCUGUUAGCAAGAGGAGCUGAUCCCAAUGGCGUCGAUGAAAAGGGUGUCACUCCACUUCAUGUAGUGGUAAUGUUUGCCAAAGACAUGGACAUUGUCGACUCUCUAAGAAACGCUGUGUUCUAA